UACGAUCCUGGUUCGUGUUCCCCAGACUUCCAGAAAUGGCAAAAUGCCAUCCUUUGAAUCAUGUCAAUUUGAGAGCCCUCUCGUCCUCGGGAAUUCUUCAGUCUCGUGGACAAGACGGUCAAGUAAUAAUACUCAUACUUUUCAUCUCUUCUUUCCCGCUUUACAUAUGGGCGCGUCCCUUUGGCUGAUAGCUGGUCCAAAGAUGGGCAGAUGAUUCCUUUAAGCUCAUAUGAUCUUGCAACACUGAGUGAGGUCCAAUGGGUCAAGCAGAUCCGGCCGCAGUGAUGCAACACUAAGACAAUUAGGAGGAGAUUCGAUGUUAAUAAGGCGCCAAAACGCGGACCAUUCAUGUUGUUUCGAAACUCCACUGAGAGCUGAUCCGAAAUGAUCUUCGAAUCUGGUGUUCAGAGCACGAGUCAAACAACGCGGAAAGCCAUUCCAUGCAUCCUACCUUCCACCGUUUGCCGAUGUUUCCACACCAAGAUCGCUGAUGCUCCGCCUAGCUCCCCUCUGCCCUAUCAUGACAUUUACCCACAGCCGAAACCUUCCCCUCAGCAAACUUUCAGGCAUUAUAUUGCGCUAAACAGGCCUUACUCUCUCUAGGCAGUUUGGUCGCCUGCCAGUUAUUAUUUGAUGCUUCGGGAUCUCUUCAAUCCCCUUCCUCACCCCUCCCCUGACAGUUUUUCCGCGCGUACUGGGUAAUUGCUGUCUCUGACGGCCUCGUCUCGUCUGUGGCUGGGCUGGAACUGUAUGGGAAUACCACGCAGACCAUACGUUACCCCUGCGCCCCGUAACAAUGUGGGUGGAAACAUUUCUGCUGCCCAAGGCCUCUCUAUCCUUGGGUUUCACGUCUGAUUUAUGCGUGGUUUCCAAAGAAUGUCGGAUUGCGCCGUAUCAUAACGAUCAGUUCUACCACCAGUUUUGUUUUUCCAUAUCCAUUCAUAAUUUUAUUUUUAAAACCUUACUUACAAUAUCCACCCUCAUUCUAAAGCCGUGGUGGUGAACUUGGGUUGGGGGCGACUAUAAUUACCGUAAACUUGAGGUCUCCAACCAGAUUGCCGGUGCGGCCUGUCCACUCUUUUAUAUUCACCAAUGGGCGAGACUUUCCUCUCCAUUUUUACGUAUUGUCUGCAUGGUGUUGUUCCCCCUCUCAUCAAGGUCCGGGUAGCCCCGCGGAUUGGCUGCAAUCCGUUACUUUCAGCUGUCUAGCAAAAGUCAAUACCAGAGUUACCCAGUCAGAUCACCAAAAGCCUUUUUUUCGUACUUCCUGGUGGCCUUUUUUAUUGUUUUUUAUUCUCGCGCCAUUCGUACUCUCCUAACUUUUCUUUUACUUACCAAGGAAGAAAAAAAAAAAAAGCCAAAACCAAUCAGUCUUAGCUGAUCUGCUCCUUGCAAAGAAUCCCUCACCUCCAAGGGUACUUCUGCACCUUGUCCCUUUAUGUUGCCUUCUUGUGGUAUACUCCGGAUUAUUAUAACAACGGCCGUGCGGCCCCUCCCGGACCUCCUGUCGCUCUCAUCAACGAAGCUCGAAAAGGUGCAUAACUGGGCUUGUCUGGCUUUGUACCUGGAAUCAUUUGAAUUGACCUUCUCCCUUUUGGCCCUUUUCCUUUCCUUUUUCACUUUCAUUUUUAGUUGACCCGGGCUCCUGUAUUUCGCGCUGCUAUUUUAUAUCAUGCAUCGGGUUUUCUCUUCUUAUUUAUAGUUGGAAGACCCGCUCAACUUGCGCUUUGGCUGCAGCGGACCUACUUUUACUAUCCUACCUCAGCUUGGCGGCAUAUUGCCUCGUCUUCGGCCCACCCUUACAACCUCGACAGGUUACGGACCGCAAAGCUAAUAGCUGGGGAAAAAAGGGUAUCCUGGUCAUCAUUAAGUUGGUUUAAGGAGAGAAAGAGCGAGAAAUGGAUACUGAAGCGCAACCACAAGAUCAUGAUUUCACCGCGCCUCAAUGGGUUGAUAUGGGAGGAGGAUAUGGUCAGUCUCAGCACCAAUCGCCAAUAAACGAGUUCAAUGGUUUUACCUAUGGCUCUUCACCAGUCAUGCCAGUAGAACCCUCUUAUAGCAUGUCCAUUCCGCAACCGUAUACAUCGCAGCAAUUACUUCCUCUGUCCACGCCUUCGCAAUGGCCGAGCAUGUUGACUACACAGUCCACCUUCCCCCCAGUCCCUCUCCCGCCAAUGCCGAUGCCCUCCAUGCCUAGUCUGCAUCCUAUCCAUACAGCACCAAUAACCACAGCUCCUACGCCGCGACGGACUCUCACGGAUAAUGAUCGACGUCGGAUGUGUGAGUAUCACGAAAGGCACCCGCAUGUAAAACAAACAGAGAUUGGAGCCUUGUUUGGGGUGGAACGAAGCACUGUUUCCAAGGUUCUACGGCAAAAAGAAAAAUAUCUCUGCCCAGAUGAUGGAAGUCGUUCACCAAUAAAGAAGUCAAAAGGGAAAUUUCCGGAUAUUGAGCGGGCUCUGUCGAACUGGGUCAGGAACCACUUGCGCCAAGGCGGUCAAUUAAACGAUGAGAUGAUUAAAGAAAAGGCCAUUUUCUUCGCGAGUACUGUUGGUGGCCCUGAAAACCAUCAGAAAAUAUUGAACUCCAAUUGGUUGGAAAAGUUCAAGCAGAAGAAUUAUUUACGGAGUUCUCAGUCGCGGAAGGGCUCAAUUGAUACAAUAAAUGAACUGGAUAGCCCAGGAAACGGACAAGCCAACGCAUCGAGUCAAACCCCUAAUGGAAUUUCUCCUCUAUCACCGAAUGGAACAACAACACCUUCGCCUCUGUCUCCAAAACAGAAAAGUUCAAUAAAGAAAGAGAGCAUUGAUGGUGCCCUGCCGGGGUAUGGCGCUGAAUUCCGGCAGCACUCUCACUCGCAAAGUACAAAUUCACUCGACAGAAAACUCUCGCUCUCGGCCAGCGCGGCCAGUUCUGGCCCUAUUAUCUUCUCUGAGAACCCUUUCAUUCCUGAAAGUCAAUUACGUGUUGAACAAGACUCGGUCAACAAUUCCAGUCGACCAAGAAGCCAGACAUUCCCAAUUGCCGUGACGGAACCAGGCCCAGUUGCCAACGGAUCGUCGGAUCAUGUGUCACCUAAAAAUGUCUUUCAGCCGUCCACGUCUCCAAGUGUUGCCGAUGAAGACCACGCAAAUACUCGUCCGUCAUCAAGUGAAUCACCCCUAAUGCAGAGGAAUCGCAGCAAUCCUGAGAUCAAAACAAAUUCUAUGCAACCCCCACCCCCACCGCAAUCUACUACUGCCUCUCCAGUAUCUCCUAGCUCUCCUACCCAUGAUGAGGCACGCCGUGCUCUGGAGCUUGUUUUGAACUAUUUUAACAGUCAACCGACUGGCCUGGUAGCACAAGACUAUGUAACCAUCGGAAAAUUAAUGCAAAAACUCGAGUUAGCGCAGAGCCAAACUGCAGGACUGCAUCGCAUCGAUGAGCAUGCUGACGGUCACAGAGUGAGCAAAAAGAGAAGCAUUCACACUUUAUGACCCGAAGGCGUGGCUAAAUAUUUUUUUCAUUUUUCUUCUUCUUUUUUUUUUUUUUUUCAGUGGUCAUUUUAUAACGUUACAACGGAAGCUAUUGCUAGCUUCUCUGAUACUUUAUUAUGAGUUCAGAUUUUCUCGAAAAUAUGCAUCGAAUUUUGUUUUAAUGUUCAUGAGGGGAUAUCGCUAGAAAGGAAAUCAACCCCAAGGAAUCCUUUACACGAUCGCAGCACGCAAUCACCUAUAUGCGGAACUCGUCCGCGAUUUACUUUCCGUCGGCCGCAGCGGCCUGCUCUGUGUUGCUCUCGACACCCGAACCUUCCCUUCGGAAGGUCAGGAAAGAGAUACGUUGAAACAAACUUAGGUAUCGGGUAUCACACCCCUACACCACGCGCCGAGGAUACAUAUCCGCAUGACGGCAAAGUCACGAUAAUUCAUUGUGGUACGACAACAGUCCCAAUAAAUGGGCGGGACUUGUUGUGCAAUUCUGGGAAAGGCCCAGUAUCCGACCUCAGCUUUGCUUGGCGCCUCUGAACUCAGGCUGGGUCUCAAGCCAAGGCAAUGAAUGUACUGGAGGACCAACGAAUUUUGAGCAAUUCCCGUCCUCGUCGACCGCGCCACCCCCAGUCGCCUACCUGAUAACUGCCAUAUAUUAUAAAAUUUUUAUUGGUAUUCAUCAUGCUUUUUUUACUUUUCCUCAGCCAAUCCACCAUCGGCUUUUGCUUGGUUAACUUUCUACGGUUUUGUCAUCUUUUUUCCCUUUUUGCUUUGCAUUUUGUUUCAUCAACUCGUUAUCAUUCAUCGGAAAUCAUACUCGUCGGUUUAUCGCACAAGAAAGGAUCCACACGGAACAAAAAACAGAAACAAUCAGCCUUGGAAGAUGCAGUUACAACUUCUAGAGCUUGCUGCUCCAACGGAGUUAUUAUCUUGGCUUGAUAUUAUUUAUUUGCCCUUCAAUUCACUUAUCUCCCCUUAUCGCAUUUCUCCUGCCUUUCCACCUGUCUGAAGAGGAUUGGAAUCUCCUUCGUUUUGCUUUCCCUUUUCAUUUGUGUAUGUUUUUUUCCCCCUCUAUAUUCUUUUCCCUCUGUUUCAUCUCCUUUUUUAUACUCUCUUCCCUUCUCUUUACUCCGACCUUUUUGUUUGAUUUGUUUUUGUUUGUGUCAGGAAAUCUAAAUAUAUACCGCUCGCGCGGAAAGGGGCCUGGUGAUUGGUUCGAAAAUGGCUAUAUGAAAAUUUGGAAGCAUGAAACCCCGGGAAUCGGGGAAAGGGUUGCUGGCAUUUUUGGGCAUAUGGCUAUCUGUUGAAGGUUUUGAGGCUUGUGUUGACAUAUCUUUCUCAAGAAAGUGUUAUUUUUAUCUGAUCUCUUCAUGCUCUCGAUUUUAUGGCUAUUUUAGCUACUGACACUAAGUCACCGUUUCCUUAUCGUUUCCAUCGUGCUCAUAUUGCAGAGCAUCCGGAUGGUGCAACAACCACAUUGCCAACGGAGCUUCGAAAUGACCAUGCUGCUAGCUGGGUUGUUGAGUUUCUUUUCUUAUGUUGUUUUCCUAACUCUUCUGGUUCUUUAUGCAUAUAUAGUCCCCAAACCUGUUAUCCAUCCAUAUUAUAUUUUACUUUUGAGAAGCUCAUGUUUCCGACAUCUUGCUGUUCUAUGUCCAAACCCCACCCCCACACGCCUAAUCCCCUGCUCUUUUGCCUUCACUUUUGUACUACGCAAGCUGACCCGACACAGCCCGAUCUGACAAGCAAAGACUUUUCAGUUCAGAUCAGAUGUAUACAGAUAUAUGUAGCUUGCGCAGUUUCGUCAACCCUAAGUACCCCGACGAAAAUGCACAUGCUUCGACGUCAUGUCUUACAGGGAGUUCUCUUAAUUUGCAUACAGUCAAUCAUGUGGUCUUUAUAACUAUUUUUUUUCUCUCAUGAUGUCUUUUGUAUUUUUAUUUUUUUUAAUUUUUUGUUCCUAAAGGCAUAUAUUCAUUUUAACCCAACAAAUAAACCGCAUAAAAGUGGACUCUACCCUGCA